UGUCCACGGUGUAAUGUGAUGGCUUGUGUUUUGUUGUGGUCUUUUCUCCUACAGUUUUGGUAAAUUCUUUCAACUUCGUUGCAUCACUGUCCAGGAUAUAUCAAAAUGGCUGACUACUGGAAGUCACAGCCCAAGAAAUUUUGCCAGUACUGUAAAUGUUGGAUUGCAGACAACAAACCGAGUGUAGAGUUUCACGAAAGGGGGAAGAAUCACAAGCAAAAUGUGGCCGAUAAAAUUGAGGAGAUUAAGAAGAAGAGCAUCGACAAGGCCAAGAAGGACGAUAAGCAGUCGAAAGAGUUUGCAGCCAUGGAGGAGGCAGCCAUGAGAGCAUACGAGGAGGAUAUGAGGAGGCUGCAAGCAGAAUCAGGGACAUCUGAACCUGAGCCUCAAGCUAAGGUGGAGCAGCCUAAACAGCAACCGAGGAGUCAGAAAGACAAGUCAAACAAAAAGACUGACGGCAGAACAGAAGCUGAUGUCUGGGUUGAAAGUUCGACCGAUGAUGGACACGUCUACUACUAUAACUCCAUAACAGGAGAAGCCCAAUGGGAUAAACCAGAGGGAUUUCAAGACCAGAGUCAGUCCAAGCAACAAACGGAGUCGGGGUCUCCCUGGAUGGAGGCUUUGAGUCCGGAUGGGUUCACCUACUACUACAACACAGAGACGGGAGAGUCGAGCUGGGCGAAGCCUGAAGGUUUCCCCUCUGAGAGCAGCAGCUCAUCAUCAUCAGCAUCAGCACCAGCAGUGCCAGGGGAGGCGGAGGAUGCAGCGGAGGUGGGGGAGCCGUCUCCCCCCAAACCGGAGCCUCUCUCUGGGGACGAGAACAGCUCAAACGGGGCCAAAGCCUCCGCCGACACCGAAGAGCCCAAGCAACAGACUAAAGUGCCCAAAAUAAGUUUCAGGAAAAGGAAAGAGGAGAAGGCAGAGUCACCUGGAGAGGAGGUAAAAGAGGGCAGUGAUGAAGAUGAUGGUGCUGAGAAAAAGGAGGAAGAUGAAGAGGAGAAGAAGGAAGGUUCUGGAGACGUCUCGAGCCCUGACUCUGGUAAAGAGGAAGAGGAGGAAGUGGCGCCUGCCAAGAAGCCACGGAUCAACGCCUAUGGAGUCUGGGAGCAGAUUGAGGAGGAGGAGGACCCGUAUGAGAACGUGGACCUGCAGUUGCCGCAGGUGGACACCGGGGACGCUGCAGCUGCCCCAGCAGAGAUGCCAGCUGAGCCCAAGCCCAAAUUCAGGGAGCGCAAAAUUACGUCUCUAGGCGACGAGGGGGACGCUGGGGCCACCUUCCGCAAGAGGAAGACAGAGAAUGGCAAAUCCAGGAACCUCCGCAAGAGGGGGAAGGACGACUAAGAGAACGAACAUACUUUUUUGGAUCAUUUAAAAAAUAUAGCAUUGUAGAAGAUAUGGCCAGGAUGAGCUCAGGAAAUUUUCAGGCUAGUGUUUUUUCCCCCGGUCCAAUCGUGAGAUUUGUAAGUUUAUUGGAAAUUAAGUUGUCAUCUUAAGUGUGUGAGUGUGAGUGUGCGUGCGCUGUGUGUGUCCUCGAAUGUGUGUGCUGGCUACGUUUAAGUUGCUAAGUUGUGGAUGGAGGGUCAAACCAGUACACAGCGUGUAGUCAUUUGGUGAAACCAAUGAAUGGGCAGAAUGAUUCCUGUUUAAAAUGAAUGAUUGUCAGAUUUGAGAGAUCAUCUUUUAUAGCUAACUGCGAAACAAGAACUCUGUGGCACAUGUUCUUUCAAAGGAAGUAUUUGUCUUCUGCAAAGAACCUGCUUUUUAUUUUCACUUCUCUUUAGUGGCCCUUGUCAUUCAAGUAUGGAGAUCAUAGUUUUAUUUUUGUUGUUGUUUUUUCAAACUUGGACAUCCACACUUUCCCUUCAGACAUUUUUGUCUUGUAUUUAUGUAAAGGUAUUUUUCUAUGGUUGCCUUGAAAAAACUAUGUAUGUUGGUCUCCUUGAUGUCAUUAGUAAAACCUCACUUUGUGGUUUAACAUGAAAUUGUUUGACUUUCACUUACUGGUAGCAUUUGUGCUCAUUUUCAAGCUAUUGCUGAUUGUCAAUAUUGUUUUCGUAAGGCUGGACUUUCAAAUGUGUUUUCAAAUAACAUAGUAUACUUGGAUGAAAUGCUCCAUAAAAAUCUUUACAUGGAUCUGGAGAGCUUCACUUGACAAAGUGAUUAAAAAAUAAACGUUCAAUACACUAUAUUCACCUUGA